GCGGGCGGGCUGGAGGAGCUCUCGAACGCCAGCUCGCCGAGGAGCAGCCCCCGCGCGGGCGCCGCCCGGGCGGAGCUCCGGGCGGACGCGGCCGGCAUGCAGCUGUGCUGCGCCGCGGCCGCGGGCAACGCUCCGAUGCUGCGCCGCCUGGUCGCCGAGGGGGCCCACGUCAACGCCACGGACUACGACGGCCGCAUCGCCCUGCAGGUCGCAGCUGCAUACGGGUACCACGACCUCGCGAGAGAGCUGCUGGACCUCAGGGCCGACGUGAGGCACAGAGACAACUUCGGGAACACUGCGCUCUCGUCCGCGGUGAACCAGCAGCACGAGGAGGUCGCGACCCUGCUGCUGCAAGCGCUACAGGAGGGCGCCGGCGGCUCGAGGGAGGGGCCCUCCGCCGGCGACGUCGACGUGGCCCUGCCGGGGCAGGUCGGGGGCUUCGUUCGGGCGACCAGCGCCAGCACGGUGAACUGGAUGAUCCAGGAGAGGGAGGUCAAGUUCGGCCCCGUGAUCGCCAAGACCCUGAAGAGCGCCGUGCACGUGGCGGAGUGGAGGGGCAUCAAGGUGGUGGCGAAGACACUGCUGAAGAAGACCUGGCGCGAGGGCGCGGCGCCGGAGGAGGAGGAGGAGGGGCUCGACAUCAGGGAGGUGCUGCACGAAAUCAGCAUCCUCUCCACAAUGCGGCACCCUGACCUUGUGAUGUUCCUCGGAGCCUGCAUCUACAGUGCGCAGCCCUUCAUGAUUUCCGAGUUCAUGGAGGGCGGAGACUUGGAUCGUUAUUUCGACAGGAAGGCUUGCCAGCGGGGCUGCCCCUACAGGCCCGAAGUGAGACUAUUUCUUAGAUGGGCGAGCGCCGUUGCCAGGGCGCUGUGCUUCCUCCACAACUGCUCCUCUCCGAUUAUCCACAGGGAUCUCAAACCCAUGAACCUGCUUCUCACCAAGAACAAAGACCUCAAGAUGACCGACUUCGGCAUCAGCAAGAUCGUCAGACCGAGCCUUGCGGACCAGUCGGAAGACCGCGCGCCCAUGAUGACCGGAGGCGUGGGCACGUGGCGCUACAUGGCGCCGGAGGUGGUGCGCGCAGAGCAGUACACCGACAGGGCUGACAUCUACUCUUUCUCGCUCAUCAUGUGGUUCAUGAGCACGGGGCUCCAGCCCUUCGUGGACCAGUUCGGGCCGGACGCCGAGCUCGUCCUGCGGGACUACUUGCGGGGCAACGAGCCGCGGCCGGGCUUCAGCGGCGCCGGCAGCCUCCUGAGCGGGAGCAGGUCCACGCCUGCGACGCUGCGGCAGCUAGUGCAGGACUGUUGGCAUCGGCGCGCGGACGAGCGGCCCUCGGCGCACCAGUGCACCGAGCGGCUGGCGGAGGCUACAAUUCAGCUCGAGCAGCAGGGCAGUUGGAUGGCGCGCGCCGGAAAGGUUGUGGGCAUGCUGAAGUAGGCCGUCCUCCUAUGCAAAUCUCUCAGCCCUCGCUGCCAGAGAUCCGCAGCCUCCCCCCUCCUCCGCCUCCUCCUCCUCUUCCCUCUCCUCCUCCUCCUCUUUUUCCUCCUCCUCCUCAUUAUUUAUUUGUUCGUCUCCAUCCUCCCGCUAGUCCUCCUCCCAGCGCGGCUGCGUCUGGGCGUGUCGGCUUGCCCUAAGAGGCUGCCAAUGCGUCAGCAAACCUCUGAUACUGGGUUACUGCUAUACCCAGUUCCCCUCGUCCUCAUCCUCUUCAGCGGGCGUUGCAGGUGGUUCGCUUGGCGACGCCCUGUAGUGGCCCCAGGGUGGAGCCCUGGAGGCCUGCGAUAUCCUUGCUGACACGCAGCAUGCGCGAUGGUCUUCUGUCUUCGCAGGUCGCGCCUGUUGGGGCGCCGUGGGGGCUUCCGAGGUCGCCUGGCAGAAUUUCUGGGCCCCUCGUGGCGCUCUCUCGAGCGAUGACGGUCAUGCUCCUCUCGGGGACUGGGCUCUGGCAUGAGACAGGGGCCGGCGAAGCCGGAUGCCGCAGCUGCGGCUGAGAGGCACAAGCCUCAAGGGGCUCGCCUAGGAGUGGCCCGUGCGAGACUAUUCAGGAGCGGAAAAAACACACACACAGACACCAUGAAUCGUCCACUUCCAAGAAAA